AUGAUAUAUAGAUUCUCCUCAUUAACUCACAUGUACUCAAGUGCAAGCCUAUUUGAGAAUAUUUGCUUAUUAUAUCAUAUUUCAGGAAUUUUUUUUUUGCUUAUAUCUUUUUAUUUUAAAACAAUAAACAAAUGGUCCUUGCAUGGAAAGAACUUGUUCAUAACAAUUGAAGAAGAUGAAAGAGGACAUACAUAUAAGUUUUACACAUUAAAAAAAAAGAUAGACGAUAUAAUUAUUUCGAAAGCGUAUUUUUCCCAUUUUUAUAUCGUUGGUUUGAUAGUUAACUCGUUUUUAUUAUUCCAAGAUUUCAUUGAAUAUUCGAAGAAUGAACGAAAUGGUUUCUACUACAUUUCUUUGACGAAUGUUACACUUCAAAUUCAUUUGAUAAGAAGACUGUUAGAACAAUUAUUUGUGGUAAGGACGACAUCAAAGUCUUUCAUGCACAUAAUAUCAUAUUUCUUAGGAAUAAGUUUCUACGUAGUAACUCCUUUUUCCUUGCGCCAUAAUGACAGAAUAAAAUAUUCCUUAUUAACUUUAUUUUCUCUUACUCUUUUUGUGUGUGGAAAUUUGAUGCAGUGUGAUUCGCAUGUUCGUUUGGCUAGACUUCGACCCCAAGGAGGAAAAAAAAGUGAUAUUCUGUAUAAAAUCCCUUAUGGAGGAUUAUUUUAUUUUAUUAGUUGCCCUCAUUAUUUUUCUGAAAUUUUAAUCUAUUUUUCAUUUUUGACAUUAAACCUGAAUUUUAUGAGCUCUCUUAAUUUUACCAUGGUUUUUUUAAUUUUAAUUAAAAAUGGUAUACAAACACACAAAUGGUAUCUUAAAACGUUACCCAGUGCAUAUCCCAAUAAGAACAUAUAUCUAAAAGUAAAAUAUAUAUAG